AAACAGGUUCCAUUCUUCUUUUGCUUUUAGACUCAAAAUACGCCCACGAGUGCUGAUGGGAAUCUCGUCAGUGGACAUGUCCACUACAUUAUUGGGACACCCUGUCAGUAUGCCCAUCGGGAUCUCCCCAACAGCGCUUCACAAGAUAGCACACAAAGACGGCGAGGUUGCGACAGUCAAAGCUGCCGGGUCAGCGGACACUUGUAUGGUGCUUAGCAUAGCAAGCACCUGCACGCUUGAAGACGUCGCUAGUGCCAGCCCACACUCGCCGAAAUGGUUCUUAAUUUACAUGCUAUAUGACAAGGAGUACCUCAAGUCCCUUAUCAAGCGCGCAGAGGACUGUGGGUUUCAAGCUAUUGUCUUUGUUGUCGACGCACCCAUAACUGGAGAGAGUUAUGAUGGGAUGCGAAACCGUAAAAGGAACAUACCGUUCCUCCCACCUGGAAUCACCCCUCCUCUUUUAGAUUUUAGCAAGAUGAAAGGCAAAGGCAACAAGAAUUCGUUCAGUGACGUGAUAGAGCACAAUAUCAGCUGGGAGACCGUUAACUGGCUUAAAAAGCAAACCAAACUGCCAUUGGUACUUAAAGGGAUUAUGACAGGGGAGGAUGCGAAACUCGCGGUGGAUCAUGGGGUUGAUGCGAUCAUUGUGUCCAAUCACGGCGGACGACAGUUGGAUUCUGUAUCUGCCACUAUUGACGUGUUGCCGGAGAUAGUGGACGCGGUGCAAGGCAAACUCGAGGUGUACAUGGAUGGAGGAGUGAGACUGGGCACAGAUGUCUUCAAGGCGUUAGCCCUAGGUGCACGCGCGGUCUUUCUGGGACGAGCGGUAAUCUGGGGACUAGCCUGCAAGGGUGAAGAAGGCGUGAGUUACAUCCUGGAGUUGCUACGAGAAGAGCUAAGAAAAGCUAUGUGGUUAUCAGGAUGCAGAUCAGUGGGAGACAUAUCUAGAAAUCACGUCACCAAAUCAUGAUGGCCGAGUCAACGCCCUUAGUAUAUCUCGUGUUAUCUGCGUGAGGAGUUAAAAACCUUUCUCUCAUGGGUCGGGGCGCUUCCCGCUCCCCGCCAACAGGUGGCAAAAACAGCCGCUCAGGACAUAACAUUCCUGUUUCACUUGAUUUUUUACCUUUCUCGUCUUCACGUAUAAUGAAAAAUGAUAGUAUCAGUAACUCAAAGGUCCCGAAGGAAUGAAGAUUAGUCUUGAAUGUUUAAAAAUAAAUCAAUUAUUGAUUGUGAUGUGCGAAGACGUUUAGUUGACUUGUGCUUUAUCUCAAGGGCGACCACGGGUAUCGAACCAUAAAGACAUCAUGCCCUGAAGACAAGAGACUUUUAAAAAGUCCCGCCUUGGUUUGCCGCCAUUUUGUCAUCCUAGCAUAGCACCAAGUGUGAAAAAGCAUCCAUUUUCAUCGGCUUAUUUGGGGAAGCUGUUGUGAUAUUUCCCAUUGAAUUUGGUGAUUAAAGCGCAUUCUUUUCCAAUAAAGCAUUUUUUAAGUA